AUGCUGGUUCGGGCUUCGGGGACCAUUGAACAGAUUGGCAAUGACUUCAAGCUGAUGUUCUACCUUGUGGCUGGCAUCACAAGUGUGCUGUUCGUCUUCAUACUGUUGUUCUUUAAGGCCGCACCUGCCACUCCCCCAUCUGCGGCAGCGGAACAUGGCGCUAGUCUGGAUUCGAACUUCCUCAGCUCUUUGAAGAAGUUGGUGACGAACCGCAACUUCGUACUGUUGCUGAUCUCGUACGGGAUCAACGUCGGCGUCUACUAUGCCAUCUCUACACUUCUGAAUGACCUUAUCCUGCGGUACUAUGAGGGAGCGCAGGUAGAUGCAGGACGUAUUGGUCUCUGUAUCGUAGUAUCUGGUAUGGUGGGUUCCGUCGUUUGUGGGUUCAUUCUCGACAAGACGCGGCGCUUUAAGGAGACCACGAUGGCACUGUACGCAGCCUCUGUAGUCGGAAUGAUCAUCUUUACUUUCACUCUGAGUUGCGGAUAUAUUGCUGUGGUCUAUCUCAGCAGUAUACUAUUGGGCUUUUUUAUGACUGGUUAUUUACCGGUAGGCUUCGAAUUCGGUUCAGAAAUAACAUUCCCAGAGCCAGAGGGUACCACUUCUGGAUUAUUAAAUGCCAGUUCUCAGGUGUUCGGUAUUUUGACAACGUUGUUAUACGAGCAGAUGCUCAGCAAGACACACGACCGCUGGGCGAACCUAACACUCUGUGGGUUGUUGGUAGUGGGCACCGUAAUCACCGCCUUCAUCCGCGCUGACCUGAGGCGCCAGGCACACCAGCCAGCUGUUAAGCCUUAG